AUGUAUUGCCAUGCCGGCAGGCUCUACGACUGCGGUACUAAGCCUGAGGCGACUUGUCAUGACUUCCAAGCCCCCGAUCCAUGUGCUACAACAACCGGCACCACCACUACGGCCACAACCACGACCACCACGACCACCACAACCACCACAACCACCACAACCACCACAACCACCACAACCACCAGCACGACCACCACAACCACCACCAGCACCAGCACGACCACAACAACGACCACUAGCACGACGACCACAGAGAAGUUCAAAGUGGCAUUUUCGAAAGCCCUUGCACAGAAUGAACUCAAUCAGACCCUCCGCGACGAGUCUUCUGCGCUGGAUGCCGUGCUUCAGGACUGCACUGGCCUUCAGGAACAGCGCGUGACUUUCCUCCCAGACGGCACCAUUCAUCUUGAAAUGCAGGAUUCUCUUUGCUUGGACUGGGAUGCGGGUGGGCUGUUUCGCACCAACAAUGUCUACGAGGCAGUUUUCGUGACUUACUUCCCAACCUGGAAGGUCAACACGCACUGCUUUAUUUUCCAGGGCCAGGAGGUGAAAGCUGUUCCAUACGUGGCGGGGGAUUGUCCAAAGUGGCAGUGGGAUUUCGCGACUUCUGCCUUGGUGCAUGGAGACGCCUGUCUGACGGUGUCCGACUUCCCUGAACUCUUGGAUGCGAACGAGACAGCCAGGAACUUGGCCAAAAAGGACGCCACACUGCAGGAUUGCGACGGUUCCGAAGCUCAGAAAUUCAUCUACAACGCCGAUGGGACGAUUCAACCGCGCGGACAAGAUCUUUGCUUAGACUGGGAUGUGGCCGGCGUCUUUAUCAAAGACAAUGUUUACUUCUACACUUGCAAUCUUCAAGACAACCAAGUUUGGGCGCCAGUGGAAGAUUCUUGA